AUAUAUUUUAUUUUUUUAAUACAUUAAAAAAAUUUUUUUCUAAUAUUUUAAAUAUAGUCGAGUGCUUUUUAUCUGUAUGAGAUACUUUACUGAUACCGUGAUUUGCGCACAUGCGCGUACAGCCAGUCCCUGAACAUUGCUCAAUGAUGCCAGAGAUGGUACCUUGCGCGCGCAUGUAUGACGAAAAUUACGUCAUCACAGUAGCGUUGUAGCGAAAAAUAAGGUAUAUAAUGGACCCUUAAUUGUAUAAUAUAUAAAUAAUAUAUAAAAUUAAUAAAUAAAUAAAAUAUAAAAUUAUAAGAAACAACAAUUACAAAAUAUCAAAUUAAAUAUUAUUUAACAUGAUAAAAUAUAUAUAUAAAUAAUUAAUAAUCAGUAAUGCAUAAUUAAAAUUGAUAAGUAUAAAUUAGGUAUAAAAAUCAAAUAUUUACUUAUUUUUAUAUAUAAAAUUUUUAUUUUUAAAAGAUUAUUUUCUAAUAUACAAGCUUUGAAAAAGAACCCUCGUGUAAAACCGCCUGUGAUAUUAGUCACCUAACCCUAAACCGUUUGCCCGCCAAAACUGGUUGCUUUGUGCCCGUAUGGUAGCAACAUGCGUACAUGAUUAGUCUCAAGCAUGCGCGCGCAGGAUAUCAUCUCUGGCAUCACUAACACUGCUUCGCCAAAGAAAAUAAUCUACCCAUAUAAAUCUACAAUCAUUUAUAGUAUAUCAAGCUAGUGGUGUAUAGACAAUUUCUUCUGGAAGUCUCUCAGCCAAAUCAAGAAGAAGAAGAAGAAUUUUCACGGUUAAUGGUGUUAAUACGUGUUCUGAUUCUCUGACGUGCAAUUCAUGUUCAACGUUUCUCGUCUCUCGUAAUUGUUAAAUAAUCAAACCAUAAUGUCUACAACAGGAGUAUCCACACGUUCCUCUCGUCUUAAUUCUCGUGAACCAUGUAAAAAGAGUGUACCUGGAAGAAAGCUUAAAUCUAAAAAGAUCACUAUCAAUAAAAGUUCACAAAAAAUUAAUAUUAAUGCAAGAGACAAAAGUUUACUUGUAUCAAAAACAAAUUUGUCUGCAAAUAACAGUCAACCAUUAUCAAGACGCUUGCGUCCCCGUCAAAAUAAAAAAAAUUACUGUGAAGAUUCAAAAUUGCUGCAGCAAUAUAUUCCAUUAAAGCAACAGAAUAGUGUGGUAAUAUUAGAAGAAUUGAAAGACAAUGAAAAAAUACCUAUAUACAAGGCCACAAAAUCUUUUGAAAAGUCUUUAGAAAAUAAGAAUGACGUAUACGAUUUUAUGUUCGAUAUUAAUGAUACAAUGGAGAAAGCUCCCAAGAAAAAGCAGAAAAGAAAAAUUAACAAAAAAAUGACUAAAAAGACUACACAUAAGAAGGUUACUAUACAACCAAAAGUAAUUAGCAAUGAAAAAAAUGAAUCUUGUAGACUUGAUCCUUCUGCAAAGGAUACGCAAUGUAAGCCUUUAGAAUCUGCAAUAGAAUUGAUAGUUACAGAAUCGACAAAAAAAGAUGAAAAGAAAAUAGAGAUACCAAGAACAGAUGCAGAUAUUCAAAUAGUGAAAGAAUUAGAAAAGGAAAAUACUGUGAAGAAGAUUGCAUCACCAACCAUAAUAAAUACAGAUACUCAAAUAAUACGAGAAUCAGUAGAUACAGAAUAUACAGAAGAGAAGAUUAAAACACCAAGAACAAACACAGAUAUUGAUAUUGUGGGAGAAGCAAGUUCAUCAUCUAACAAAGUAUAUUCAGAACAAAUUAAAAUUCAAGAGACAAAGAAGCCAAAGAUUAUCUCUGUUGAAAAUGCAGAUAAUAUUAGAGUUAUUAAACCAGCACCUAGCAAUACUGAAGAAUUUUGGCCCUUUCGGUCGAAAAAUAUAUUUAAUAAUAAAACCUCGGUAAAACAACAGAAAAAUACUUUGAAUUGUUCAUUAUUGACCAAAUCUUUGUCGCCUAUCGUGAAGACAACAAAUGCCUUGGAUGUGGGAAGUCCCUGGCGACCUCCAAUAUUAUCAACGUUUUCUCAAGCUAAACAUUUUAUUCAUAGUAGUACUCCAAAAUUGAAAUUUGGAGAUAAUAAGGAAAAUAUGGAAGUAAAUAAAGAGAAUAUGGAAAUGAGUAAAGAAAAUAUGAAAAUAAAUAAAGAAAACAUGGAGAUGAAUAAAAAAAAUAAACACGGAAGAGAAAAAGAAAGAAAAAAGAAAACGACUUUCCAUAAAAAGCACAACAUAAUUCAAAGGAAACUUCCAAUUAAUCAAAUUCCAGAAAAAGUUCAGGAGAUAGACAAACAUGUACAAGCAGUACCUGCCAGAAUUUCUCUGGGAGAAAUAAAGAACUUAUUACAGACAAAACCGACAGAUAUUGAUGACAACAAGCAGGCAACAGAUCAAGCGCAUGUUGAAGUUGACAAAUCACUUAUGAAGCAAAAAGAUGAAAAACUUGUAAAUUUUCUUAAUUUUUCCGACACAUUUGAUGUCCUCUCUGAAACCGAGAGACUAUCAAAUACUGGAGCUGAGAUUCCUUUGUUUAUGGAUUUAGAGCCCUCACAUUUUUCGAAGCCACCUCAACGUUCAUAUAGAAGAAAACGAGCUGUGAAAUUUGACUUUAAGGAAGAUAACAGUGAAGAAGAAGAAGAAGAAAAUAAAGAAAAUAUGGAUCAUCAUACAAAGAAAAAAAAACUCACAAAAAUUGAAAAAGAAAAUGAGAAACGAGUAAAUGAAUGGAUAAAAACUAUUAAUAGUACAUUUGAAGAAAUUGAUGAAUAUAAUUUGUUAAUUGAGUAAUAUAAAAGACAGAUCGCUAAAAUGCACAGUUUAAAAUUUAGGAAAACUUAAAAGUUCAAAACACUGUAUAAAUGAACAAACACAUUUCUCUAGCUUUCAAAUUAUCUUUAAUCUACCUAUGGUGAGAUAUUUAAUUUCACAUAUUGUUUUAUUCUAUAUCCUUUUAUUUAUAUAAUUCUUCUUUUACACUUGCAUAUAUAUUUUAUUUACAGUAGAGAAAAUAAUUUUAAAUUAAAAAAUUUUAAUUUCUCAAAGAAUGAUGAAAAUUACGAUUCAAACAAGAUUUCUUUUUUCAAAUUGUAUUAGAAUUUUUUUAAAUAUAAAUUUUUAAAGAAA